AUGGGAAGACAUUUUGGUGAUCUAGCGGUAAUAAGAGGAAUUAUUUAUUAUAAAUUGUCUCCCCACGAACAAAAGCCUUUCGCUACAGCCUUUGCCUACGGAAUUCCUAACUUUGUACCAAGGACCUUAUCUACUAUUUGGACAUGGCUCCCUUGUUUUCUAGUUGGCUACAUAACUUUCAUAUCUGUGGAAGAAGGUUAUCGCAGAUCAAAAAGGAAGAAUCCAAUGGACUACAUGUAUGAAGUAAACCCUGCCGUACCAGAAGGUUGUCCACCCAAAUAA